AUGGGACUGGCUGAGAGAGAAGCAGAAAUGCAGGAGUUAGAGGCACCAAGACCCGGUAGAUCGCGAGAUCUCUUCGGUGUGCAGCUCGAGGUUACUUCUCUACUUUUGGAAGGUGAACGCCGUAAAUUGGCGGUUCUUCAAAGAGAGUUACAAGUUGCACUUGCUGAAGGGGGUAGUGUGAAGCUGAAGGAGAAACAAAAACAGGAGUUGCUUCAUGCUAUAUCGAAAAUUCAAGGACAGCAUGAGCAACUCGACAAGGAGUACAGAAUCCACGCCGCCGGUGUUCUCUUGUGCAACUCAAGGGGCUCCGGGAAGGUAAGCGUUUUGUCAUUAUUCUUUCUUCUCAGUUCCGUGAUUCACGGAAGAUAA